AUAUAGAAUUGAUAAGUAACCAUUUCUAUGUUAAAACGGGGUUCCUCUCCUUUUGUAAAUAUAGUUAUAAUCAGGUGGUAUUUGGAGGUCAUUUUACCCGAAUGUACGAAUGACAGCGGAGCGUGUAGUCCGACGAGACGGCAUUCAGUUAACGAAUGAUAUGAAAGAAUGUUGUGCAAAAAGUUGUGUCGGAAAAUUUAUAUUUUGUGCUACGAGUAGAUCUUUCUUUUUCGUGAUUAGUGCACAUCGCUCAACAGUCACUACACAUAUCUGGAUAAUGUAACGUUCAUUGUUCAGAUACUGGUCAAUGUAUGGUUCUUCGGUGAGAUGACUAGUCCAAAUGACAACCGGACGUUUGUCCGUCUGGGUUCGAUCCAAUCGAGCGAGAGCUUCGGUUUGGAAGUAACUCCACAGUUGAUAGAAAUCGGAAUCUUUCAAACCCCAUCCUUUGGCUAGCAUCCAUUGCUGGAUAGCUUCACUGGUGUUCCAGCAUGCAAUCGAUACUUCAUCACCUCCCAUGUGAAAUACGUCCGAAUGAGAAAACAUGGCAUUCAUUUCGCCGUAGAUGUCCUCUAGAAUGUCGUAGACUUUGUCGUUUGUAGGAUCCAGCUGGCCACAAGGUGGUUCGUAACAGUACUUCUUCCAUGGUUGCUGAUUGAAACAGGCAGUAACGUUCAGCUUUUCCCAACCUUCUCCAACAUGAGCUGGAGUGUCUAGCUCGGGAAUGAUGCGAACUCCCAAGGUUAAGGCGUAAUCAACCAGGUCUUUAACCAGUGGGGAUGAUAUUAUCGUAAAACAGUUACUUCAGAAAGGUUACCGUUUGAUAAUGUCCAAUUACGAUGCGCUCUACCUGGACUGUGGUUUCUCGGGUUGGUUCGAUUCCUCGCCCAAUUGGUGCUCGCCCUACAUUGGGUGGCAAAAGUUCUACAACAACGAUCUCAAACCGAUGGGUGGAGAGUUUGGAAAUCAAAUUUUGGGAGCGGAAGCUGCCCUUUGGCUCGAGCAGGUUGAUCACCACUCACUGGACAUUCGCAUUUGGCCUCGCACCAGUGCCCUGGCGGAAAGAUUGUGGUCCGAUCCUGCCCAUGGUUGGCAAGCUGCAGAAUCACGAAUGUUAGUUCACCGGGAAAGGCUGGCAGAGAACGGAAUUGCAGCCGAAAGUUUGCAACCCCUCUGGUGUCUCCAGAACGAAGGAGAUUGUCCACUUGCUCAAGGUUAGAAAUUUUAGUUUUAAUUUUUUUUCGACAAACUUGUCUUUAGAUUUUAACUAUGAUUGCAUUAAACUAGACAAAUUUA